AUACCACCUUCCUUUUCAUCUACCGACUUCUGUGGAGCGUUGGGAGUUUUAAAUCCCGAGGGUUGUGUGACAUCCCCCUCUUAUUCUUUCACCACAGGAGGUGGAGCCGUAGUUUCCUCCAAUAGUAAUGUAUUUGGUAGCAGCAGCUUUUACUCCAAAUUGCUCUUCCGCAACUCCCGACGCAAAUCCCUUUCUACCCCAUCAGCGGGUUCCUCUGGUUGUUCUUCGCCGGCCUUCCAAAUGUCUACUGCAUCUACCCCAUCCUCCUCUGCGUCGAUAUUUGGUUCGAAAUGUUUUGGAAAUCUCCUUGGUGGUAAUGGCAGUGGCACCCAUUCGGCUUACAAUCUUGAUUCCGGUGUUGCUAUAGGCUGCCAACAACAACAGUCACAUAAACCACAUCGAAGACUAUUUGUAAUGAGGCAUGCGGAGCGAGUGGACAUUUGCUUUGGACGAGCUUGGAUUACUCGUUGUAUUGAUAGGAGAGGAGCUGAUUUGACGGAGGUGGAACUCGGCAUUUCGGAGGUCCUCGAAACAUACCCAUCUUGA